AUGGCUGUCAGGACCUUCGGGCAUUGUGUGACUGGAAGCUUGGACCUGAUCGGUAUUGUUGCGAUUUGUUUGAUCUACAUUCCAUUGAGCGCCAGCUCUUCGGUGCCAGAGGCAGCGGUGUUCAGACAUUACAACAAAGAACGUCCGAUUUCAUAUGGCAUUCAGCUCCCAGAAGGGAGGGCUCCAUUUGCCUUUGGCCAUGUGUUGGCAGAAGACUUGAUGUCUUAUCUGCAAGAAGAUCCACAUGGACCCUUUCUCAACCAAAGUGUGCCACUUGUGAAAUGGGGGUUUGAAGAGGAUACUAUCAAUGAAGAGUUAGAAUCUAUUUGGAAGGCAGACUGGCAUGCAACAGCAUUCUGGGGAACUUCCAAAAUUUUUGUUCCAAGAGUGGACAAAUUCUUACCAUCAAGGCAGCCGCCGCUCCGGAUUUUGGCCUUCCUUGAGGCCUUCCGUCAGGUGUCUGGUCGGGCGUGGAGUCGGAUUCUGGAUGGUCUCCAGAGCUUGAGUCGAAGCGAUGAAGAACUUGAGCUAAAAGAAAUCGUGAGGAUCUUUUGCAAGAGUCUUCGGGAGCAAAGUCAUUUUUGCGGAGUUGAGGCUCAAAUAUGGCAAGGUGGCCAGUUGGUGAUGGAUUCUCACACGGAUGGUGCCACAUCAUUGCUGCACCUAAGCCUGACUCUAGGAGGGCACAGAACUCUUCGAAUUGGCCACUUCAAAGAGCGGCACUCACCAUACAGACCACAGGACAACAGGAGAAGAGGCAGACCACCAGGGGAUGAAGUCAGUGUCUGGAAUGAGGCUGCAUAUGCCCAAGACGAGCUGUGGGAUAUUCCUCAAUCAACGGGAAGCGUCUACUUGACUUCUCCUUUUUGCUUCGAGCAUGGGGUGAGGUAUGAGGGUGAUGCACCAGUCUUUGCGCUUCAGUGCCGCUUUGCUUUUGCCAACUUCUCUGAAGCACAACUGGUUAACGGGCAGCGAACUGGCAAUAUGCGCCGAGUAGCUGAAGUUGUUUCCGAUGCUCUCGUGACAGCUGUGGAUAAGAUCGAAUUGCGACUGCCAACUUUGGAAGAGCACUUUGCUUGA